AUGGCAAAUAAAUACAGGGAAAGUUACAAAAUUGAUUGUACAUGCUUGGACCUAUUUGAAGAGAGUGCAAAAAUAUACAACUUCAGUGACUGUGUAAUUAUAAAAAAGUGUAUUAAUGGUGGAACAUUAAGGGAAGCAGACAGCGUGUGUAUAUAUGGAAGGGAAAAAUGCGCGAAAACAUUGUUAUUAACUGAAAUAGUAGCUGAACUUACGGCCGUAAAAGAGCUGAAAGGCAUGAAUUGCAAAGUGGUAUACCUGGAUUGCGAUCUUACAUUCAAUUAUAAAAAUUAUAAAAAUAUGAUAAUUCAAAAAUUUAAGAAAUAUAUAAAUAACGACUAUAGUUCUAUUCUUAGUAAUGGUGCUAGUUCUAAAAAUAUCAAUUUAAAAAAAGUAUUUUUGGAAAAUUCAUUUUCAAAUGUGUACUAUUUUCGUAUAUUUAAUCCAGGGCAUUUAUUAAUCAUUUUAAAUACAUUAAAAAAUUUAUUAAAAAAAAAAAAAUUCUUUGAAGCUUUAUUUAUUGAUUCUUUAUCUUUCUGGAAUUCUUGCAAAUAUGACAAAGUAAAUUUCUUCUCUGAUAACAAUUAUGUAAAAAGGAGCGCGUCCGAUUUGUUGGAUUAUGCAUUUACUAUCAUUUUGAAUUUGAAAAAGAACUAUAAAUUUUUAUUUUUCUACACCAAGUUAUGUAAUGAGGAUAAGUUUAUUGACUACACUGUUAAGUUUAUUAUUGGUAGGAAAGGUAAACAAGAAAAAACAAGCGUCAUAGGGGAAGGGACGCACAAGUGGAAAAAGAGAAAAGAAAUCCAUUUAACACCUAAAUAUUAUACAUCAAAGGAAGAAUCCUUUCAAGUACCCUACAGCUUUAAUGAUGUGCUGAAUACACACAUAUUUAGAAAAAGAGAUUUUACGAGCAAUAAUUUUUUAGUAGAAAAACCAUUUUUCAUUUAUUUAAUACCAAAUGAGAAGAAGCAUUUUAUAGAUAUUCAGCAAAAGGACAUUCCCAAUUUGAAUUUUUUAAUGUGUUUAUCAUCCGAAAUGAAAGACCCUAACAAUUCUCAAUAUUUAAAAUUUUUUUUCAUGAUAGCUAAAUCACACACAAUUAUACCUUUAUAA